AUGGGACAAGAUGAGGUAGAUGGGAAACACGGUAAAGCAAAACAGCAUGAUCCGGACUUUAAAGGCCCCAUCGCAAACCGGGGCUGCACUGAUAUCAUUUGCUGUUUACUAUUCACGGCUUAUGUGUUAGGAUUAUUCGUAUUGGGUGUAUUUGCUUUCAUUAAUGGCAAUCCAUCACGUUUAAUUUAUCCUACUGACUCGUAUGGAAACUUGUGCGGUAGCGGAAAUAUGGCGGAUAAACCAUAUCUACUAUUUUUUAAUAUCAUGGAGUGUACGAAAGCCAGUGGUGUUUUUCAGUUUCAGUGUCCAACACAACAGAUUUGUGUCAAGAGUUGUCCUACGACCAACAUGGAUGGAAUUCGAUCACCGGCUAAUGAAACUGUUUGUGUCUAUCAUGUAACUGCUUCCAGUCCAUCUUCAACUGAUCGAACCAAUCAGGUUCGAGAUGGUGUAUGUGCACCAUUUUAUCUCAAGAGUACUUCACAGGUCAGACGCUGCAUCCCUGAUGUAAUACAAAAUUCAACAAGUGCAGUGGUAGACUCUACUACCGGGCAAACUUUGAAAACUCCUACAGGUGACCCGUUCUCAUUGUCAGAUAUUAUAAACGGCGAAAGUGGCGUUGCUAAGUUCUUAAAUGCUCGAGUAAUUGGUACAGCGGUGGUAUCAGAUAUCAACAAUACUUGGUACUUAAUUCUUGGUGCUGUUGGUGUCGCUAUGGCUUGUUCUCUUGUUUAUAUUCUUAUCAUGAGAUGGAUAGCAGGUCCCAUGGUAUGGUUGAGCAUGUUGGGAUUAGUUGCAACAUUAUCGUAUAGUGGUUAUUACUGUUUCAAUCAGUACAGUAUAUUAAAUGCUUCCAAUAGCAGCAUCAGUUUUAGUUUUACGACAAGCAUAAAAGAGUAUGGACAAAUGAAGGAAACGUGGCUCGCUGGAGGAAUUACCUCUGCUGUUGUAGGUGGCAUCAUUCUUCUUAUUUUAAUCUUCUUACGUGAUCGUGUUAGCAUCGCAAUAGAACUAAUUGAAGAAGCUAGCCAGGCUGUUCGAGCAAUGUGUUCGACUAUUUUUUUCCCACUAUUUUCAUUCCUGUUGCAGCUUGCGACAAUUGCCUGCUUUCUUUUAUCCGCCGGAACAAAAUUGUACGAAGUUACUUUAGUGCCAACGUCGGCAAAUAGUAAUUACACUGCGGCAUCAGUUUGUAAUCCUGCCGACAUUCCAUCGGCUCCUUUAUUGGGUUCAUUAUGGCGUUGUUUCAGAUAUCAUAUUGGCUCAUUGGCUUUUGGAGCACUAAUUAUCGCUAUUGUUCAAUUAAUUCGAAUUAUUAUUGAAUUUUUGGAAAAACAACUUCGAGCUGGUCCGCAUGACAAGGCAAAUCCUAUACGAGAAUUCUUCUUUAAGGUUGCCAUCGUGGAUAAUGUUACUGCUUUCUUGCUAUUCUUGGGAAAGUUAUUAAUUGUGGGCAUUACUGGUAAAUUCUUCUCUCUUGACGUGAUCUUAAAAGGAAUUGCUAGCUUCUAUUACUUCAGAAAUCGAAGUGACUUAAAUUAUUACUUGGUUCCUGUCAUCAUCAUCAUUAUAUGCGCAUAUGUUAUUGCAAGUGUCUUUUUCGGCGUUUAUGAUAUGGCCGUAGACACACUAUUCCUUUGUUUCCUGGAAGAUCUCGAAAGAAAUGACGGAUCCACUGAGAAGCCAUAUUUUAUGUCAAAAGAUCUCAAAAGGAUCGUUCACAAAGAAAAUGAAAAGCCUAAAGAUGAGGCCGACAACAAAGCCGAAAUGGCCGAAGUUGCAUAA